AUGCGCAGUUUACGCGUUUUUUUGGCGUGAGGAAUCCCGGACGAAGACGAGAAUAAAUGGAGGAGGAAGAGAGAGAUGUGACAGAUGUUCUUAAGACUGAAGAGAGAGAGGAUCUACAGUAUGCAGACACACGAGCUGGACUGCAACCUGGCAAAAACUCCAAAUCUAAAGAAAAUGCAGAUGCAAAAGUGCUUCCAUCAGUCAUUCCAGCCCCAGAAACUGUAGCAGCCAAUCAGAAGCCCUCUACAGUCCCGGAACAAGUGGACAACUUAGUUAUACUUGAUCAAAACGGACAUCCUAUUCAGUAUGAGCGGGUGGUGAUCGUGAAAGGGGAGAAUGGACAGUUGUACGGUGUCCCAUCUGUGUCUGUAGGGGGACCUCAGAUGUUACUGCCUCACGGUCAGCUGUUGAAAGUAGCAAACUCAUCUGGAAUCUUUGUGGAGAAAAGACUGCAGCCAAUCAUCGCAUCCACAAAAGACAAUGAUGGCACCCAUAGUUUAUCCGCACUAGCGGCUCAGAGUGUCACUGGUAUUAAAAUUCAGAAAAAAGGUUCUCCUGAUGUAUUUGAGCCCCCAGUGAAGCCACUGCCACCAGGGGCACCAAACUGGGCUCUAAGACUGCGUGGGUGUGAGAAGAUCGGAGAAUCGUACCGUGGUUACUGUAACACAGAGGCAGAGCUUGAGGCCGUUCAGCUUCUACACAAGCAGCAGACUCACGCUGUGUUUGGCACCCGCCAAUCACCCUCACCGGCUAAACCUGCCACCAGACUCAUGUGGAAAUCACAGUAUGUGCCCUACGAUGGCAUUCCCUUUGUUAAUGCAGGUAGCAGAGCCAGUGUGAUGGAAUGCCAGUUUGGUCCACGGAGGAAGGGCGUUCAACCUAAAAAAGGGUCAGAGCAAGAAACGAAUCAAAACAUCCUCUACAAAGCAACCUGCCCUGCCAGAAUAUAUAUCAAAAAAGUACGAAAAUUCCCGGAGUACAAGGUUCCAACAGAUCCCAAAGUGGACAAGAAGGUAGUGCGACAAGAGCAGGAGAAAGCCUUCUUCAACCUCAAGAAGAGUUUAUGGGAUGCUGGAGGCAUUGUAAGGUAUUACAUCCAGCUCCCUACAGAGAAAGCCCACUUGUACCAUGACGUGGACACUGCAAACCUGCCUCCACUCCCAGAGCAGAUCUGCUUUGCAGAGGAAGAACAAAAUGACGAUGAAGAGGAAGAGACAGAGGAGCUGGACAGUGAAGCCAUGCAGGAUGUCAUGAUGGAGGAUGGGGCGUCCCUACCCUCUCGACUACACCCGCUCGUGGCAGAGAAGAUCUGUGAGUUGGUGGCACAAGGUCAUAACCAGGUUUACACUGUCCGCAAGCAGCUCAGGUAUGACUCAGAUGGUUUCAAAUCUCCUUUGUUUUAUUUGCUGGAAAACGAUUUACUGUUGCUUUGUGAACGCCCUGGCAGGAGGUUUGUGGAACAUGAGAUGUUCAAGUCAGAGGAUGUGCCUGAGAGACACAAUCUGUGUUACUUUCCCACUGUCAAUGACAUCAAGAACCACAUCCAUGAGGCUCAAAAAGCUCUUCAGCUGACGGCGGAACCACUGGCUACCUCGGAUACAGAGUGGAAAGCAGAGGCUAAUAACCUGCUUCCAGAGACUUUGACCCUGACUCCUGCUACUGUAGAUGUGUCCUCUCAGAAGGAAGGACUCUUGGAAGAGAGUGACACUCUUUCUCCGGAGGCUGUGCAGCUCUUCAGCUCUCUCACCUCACUGCAGCCCAAGAUCUUUGCACAUCUCCAGGCCAUCCAGCUACAGCCUGCCUUGUGUCCAGUUGAAGACACUGCCCAACCUACACCUACACCCCCACCAGAAGCCCAAGAGCUGUCCAGCCCUGCACCUCCACAGCCUGUUCUGCUGAGUCCGUCCCAGUUCCUCCAGUCAAGUGGCAGUGGUGGCGAAAGCAUAUCUCUGUGUGACCCCCCGACCCUGCUCGGCAUGAGCCAGCUGGUGAGUGUGACCCAGGUGACUAAUGCCGGAGCUGAAGGUGGCAUCACACAGAUCCUGUUGGAGGACGGACAGGCCAUUCCCGUCCAGAUUGUGGACCCUGCAAGCAUAGCUUUGACUCCCUCAGCAGACGACACUUCAGUUAAAUAGGAGAGUGGGAAAUCUAUGGAUGUGUCAGCAGUCAGAAAUACAACAACGAGAAAUGAAAACAAAUGUCCAUGUCUGUGACAGAACAGCGACUGACGAUUGAGCUCUUUGACCAAUGGAGGACUGAUUCAUUGUUUCAAGUACAGUAUUAUGUAAACAUGAACUCAUGCGAUAUUGAUUUGUAUUAUUAUUUGUUUCCAUUUCCCAUUAUUGCUAUUUUAAUUUAUUACAGUGGUGACUGGAGAAAAAAACUAUUUCUCAAAAGUAUGAAUGAGAUCAAAAUUAAAUAUUUAAAGCUAAA